CGGGCCCUGCGAUGCCGUUUGGCUGCGUGACGCUGGGAGACAAGAAAGAUUAUAACCAGCCAUCUGAGGUGACCGACAGAUAUGACCUGGGCCAGGUCAUCAAAACGGAGGAGUUCUGUGAAAUCUUCCGGGCCAAGGAGAAGACGACAGGGAAGUUGUACACCUGCAAGAAGUUUCUGAAGCGGGAUGGGCGGAAAGUGCGGAAGGCAGCCAAAAACGAGAUCAUCAUCCUCAAAAUGGUGAAACACCCCAACAUCCUACAGCUGGUGGAUGUCUACAUCACCCGCAAGGAAUAUUUCAUCUUUCUGGAGCUGGCCACUGGCCGGGAGGUCUUCGACUGGAUCCUGGACCAGGGCUACUACUCGGAGAAGGACACCAGCAAUGUCAUCCGACAGGUGCUGGAGGCUGUUGCCUACCUGCACUCACUCAAGAUCGUCCACAGAAACCUCAAGCUGGAGAACCUGGUGUACUAUAACCGCCUGAAGAACUCCAAGAUCGUCAUCAGUGACUUCCACCUGGCCAAGCUGGAGAACGGGCUCAUUAAGGAGCCCUGUGGCACCCCCGAGUACCUGGCUCCGGAGGUGGUGGGGCGGCAGCGGUAUGGGCGGCCGGUGGACUGCUGGGCCAUCGGCGUCAUCAUGUACAUCCUCCUCUCGGGAAACCCCCCUUUCUAUGAGGAGGCAGAUGAGGAUGACUACGAGAAUCACGACAAGAACCUCUUCCGCAAAAUCCUGGCUGGGGACUACGAGUUCGACCCGCCGUACUGGGAUGACAUCUCCCAAGCGGCUAAGGAGCUGGUGACGCGCCUGAUGGAGGUGGAGCAGGACCAGAGGAUCACAGCAGAGGAGGCCAUCUCCCAUGAGUGGAUCUCUGGGAAUGCUGCCUCUGACAAGAACAUCAAGGAUGGCGUCUGUGCCCAGAUCGAGAAGAACUUCGCCCGGGCCAAGUGGAAGAAAGCCGUGCGAGUGACUACGCUCAUGAAACGCCUGCGGGCGCCCGAGCAGACGGAGACGGCGGCAGCCCCGGCCCCGGCAGCCACCCCGGCCCCGGCCCCCCCCCCC